UCUAACAGAAACGACUGUCGGCUGUUUUUGUUUGUGUGGUCGACAAAAAGCCGAGCUUCACGCCAAUUUCCAAUUGCCUUACAGCCGCGAAACCCGGAAUUCGGCCUGAACUAACAAAACGGACAGCUGUUAUGGGUGCUGGUUCGAGCACCGAAGCCGAAAGGGAGCCCCUUCUUGUCCCUUCCUACGCGGGGACAAAUACCCAGCCAGUAAACAGCCGAGUGUACGGGAGAAGAUGGCUGGUUCUGACCCUGUUUUCUCUGCUGGGAUUUAUGCAGGGAAUGGUAUGGAACUUCUGGGGUCCAAUUCAGAUCUCGGCCGCUCAUGCUUACGGAUUCACCAAGUCUGAUAUCGCUGUGUUGGUGCUGUGGGGCCCGGUGGGAUUCAUCCCCUGGUUGCUGUUCAUGUGGUUAAUGGAUAAAAAAGGUUUACGGGCAUCCCUCCUCCUCUCUGCCGUCCUCAUGCUGCUCGGAGCAACCUUACGAAGCAUCCCACUGAUGGAUCAAAAUAUCAGAAAAUGGUUGAUACACGGAGGCCAUUUUCUAAAUGGUUUAGCAGGACCCACUAUAAUGAGCGCUGGCCCCUACCUGUCCACCACUUGGUUUGCACCUGAUCAGAGAGCCACAGCAACGGCAGUGGCCUCGCUUUUCUCCUACUUAGGAAGUGCUACUUCAUUUGUAGUGGGACCUCUGGUUGUUCCAGCUCCAAAUGACUCCCAGACAGGCACUACGAUGGUAGCAGCGGUUUCUGACAACUCCAUUCGAGACAGGAUCCAGCUUGUCAUGUAUGCAGAAUUGGCUGCAAUUGCGGUGCUGUUUACAGCGGUCCUGCUCUACUUCCCAUCACGCCCACCGAUGCCCCCCAGUGUAGCUGCUGCAAGCCAGAGACUUAGUUACAGGAGCAGCAUCUGCAGGCUUCUUAGCAACCUGCGGUUCCUGAUGAUCGCCUUGGCCUAUGCAGUCCCCACAGGAGUGAUUGCUGGCUGGUCAGGAGUCCUCGACAUGGUACUUACACCAGCUAAAGUUAGCCAGGUGGACGCAGGCUGGAUUGGUUUCUGGUCUACUGUUGGCGGAUGUGUGUUUGGAGUGGCAAUGGCCAGAUUUGCAGACUCUAUCCGUGGGAUGCUGAAGCUUAUCCUGGUGCUGAUGUUGGCUGGAGCUUCACUGUCAUCUACCUGGUUCACGCUCACCUGUUUGAGCAGGGUUACUCACCUCCCCUCCACUGCAGCCAUCCUGUACACAUCCUGCAUCCUGGUUGGCAUUUUUAUCAACAGCAGUGUGCCAAUUUUCUUCGAGCUCUUCAUAGAGACUGUGUACCCAGUUCCUGAAGGCAUCACCUGUGGAGUCGUCACUUUCCUGGGGAACCUGGUCACCGGCCUCCUUCUCUUCUUUCUCACUUUUUACUGCACAGAGUUGUCAUGGCUGAACUGGUGUCUGACCGGCUCGUGUAUCUUCAGCCUCAUCCUCAUCCUCUUCUUCAGGGAAUCCUACGACCGUCUCUACCUAGACGUCUUUGUCUCUGUGUGACACUGCUGAGGACAAAACAAGGCAACUGAGUAUCUGUUCUUGCACAAAACAAGAGGAGAAAAAGGGAGAUGAAGGGAAGUGGGACCCCACGCUCUUUUAAGAUGUAAUAUUUGAAAAUGUAUAUAUACCCAUAUAUUUAUAAUGGUAACCACGGUGAUGGUUAUAUAUUGUGAGGCAUCAGAGAGGAGCUAAGAACAUUUCCAGACCCAUGUUUACUCUUUAUGUGUGGUUAGUUUGGUCCGUUGAUGGUUUAACCCAUCAGUAACAAUUUUGUUUUGAUGUUCUGUUUGUAUGUAAACAAAAGUUUAUGAACAACUUUAAUAUUCUAAAGCAGGUCCUGCUUGACAGAUUGUUGUUUACAGAUGAUUAAACAUUUAAAAUUCUUAGUGUCACCACCACCCCUUUGAAGCUGCUUGCUUCCACUUGCCUCAUCUCUCCAGUAACUGGACACUGCCUCAAAGUCCGCAACCCAGAUGUUGCACUGACACCAGAUCAGCAAGCGUCUGUCCCUAACGAAGAAGCAAAGGGCCUUAACGGGAUGGUUUCAUCAGCCAAACUGCAGGUCUGGCGGUGUCAAGUCGGGGAUAAAAAACAGAGAUCUCCUGGUGUUUCAAUCCUGCUGCAAACUGCCGGCUGUGACUCAUCGCGGAGGUUUUAACUGGCCUGACACUGUUAAGUGACCUGUGAUAUUGCCUGUCACUGGAAGACAGGUACUUAGAUUAUGUUUUAUCGCCCUCUGAAGAUGAAUAUUAUGCAAAAAUUAUCCACCAGAUUGAUGGCUGGAUACCAGCCAAAGACGUGGGCUACCAAUGGACACACCUGUGAUUUUCACGAGGAAGAAGCGAUCGCAUGUUCCAUUUCAGUUGUUCAGCUUAUUUAUAACUAAUUAUGUCAAUUUCUGGGAGGUUUGCUUUUAAUCUGAUGUUAAUUAGUUAUGUACAGUUUUUAAUCAUUUGUUUUCCUCAGUAGUCUGCAAGUAUGAAUUGCAAAUGCCUCAACACUAACACAGUUAACAGCCAGUUUAGCAGGAAAUGUGAUGUUUGGUGACAUUUUCAACCACUGUUUCAUUUUCAACCACUGAGAGAAACUGUUUUACUGUGCAGACUU